UACAGGCGCUGUAACGUUUAUGUGUGGGACAUAAAUUCACUCGGGCGACGUCGGCCAAGAAAGGCGGGCGGCUUUAUUUGGGAUUUGAACACGGGCGGCAUUCCGCCUAUACUGAACCGUACCGGAAUGUCUGAUUGGAAAUAAGCCAAGUUACAAUGUUGGCUGGGCUCGUCUCAUCUUUCUUGCAGAGCCGAUCAACAUGGUAGCCCAGCGUCCCCGUAGCGCAGCGCGGCCAGCCGUAGGCGCAGGCUUGGUGACAUGGUGAGCCACCUCCGUGAUAGACCUGACACGACACGGACACGCACCACAUGAUGCAGGCAGUGUGUCGUCAGCUCGCCGGUCUCAACUACGACGCCGAGUGCAUAUGUCAUUCACGCAUGGAAAAUCAGCGCUGAAAAAUAAGCUUCCUGGAAGCCACCACUUGGCACACUUAAGGUAUAUUAGUAUUCCGUUCGUCUCCUAAAGCGCCCAAGGAUGCACAACUGAUCAGUGUAUACUACGACACGUUAUUUCAUUUAUCUGAACAGUACGUUGACAUUUAAGACAAACAACUUAUUCACUGAUUGAAAUGGUAAUCUCAGAAUUGAAUGAGUUGAAAUUCAGCGAUUUUGUUUUUUUCAUUUUGCCGACACUAGGCGCAAUAACCAGCGAUAGUUACUACCGUUUGGUUUGUGCGAUUUAGAGUCCUGUCCGUAGGACGCAGACUUAAACAGGAUAUGUGUAAAGGAGGACCAAGGACUGAAGCUUAUUGAAAUCAGAGCGUUAGGUCACGGAGACCUAACACACACCGAAUAAAUCACAGAGACAACUUGACAAUAAAAGAAGUCAGUCUGGGAACAUCUGGGAACCGUUCUGGGAACCCGCAGCUUCGAGUCCGCCGCUGCAGGAAACAUCCAAAGAGGCUCGCACUUAGCCUAUGGUCCCCGGCACUCCUGCAGCGAUGCUGCCAGCAUCCGAGGCAGCCAAAAUCUACCAGACAAAUUAUGUCAGGAACUCUCGAGCCAUCGGUGUUCUUUGGGCGAUUUUCACUAUCCUGUUUGCCAUCGUCAACGUGGUUUGUUUCAUCCAGCCGUACUGGAUCGGAGACGGGGUAGACACGCCGCAGGCCGGCUACUUCGGCCUCUUCCACUACUGCAUCGGUAACGGGCUGUCCCGCGAGCUCAAGUGCCAAGGGAGCUUCACCGACUUCGGCUCCAUCCCGUCGGGCGCUUUCAAGGCUGCGUCCUUCUUCAUCGGCAUGUCAAUGGCGUUGGUUCUCACUUGCAUCGGCUGUUUCGCCCUCUUCUUCUUUUGCAGUACGGCCACGGUUUACAAGACCUGCGGGUGGAUGCAGCUGGCGGCAGGCACAAGUCUUGUGCUAGGCUGUCUGAUCUACCCCGAUGGCUGGGACGCAGACGAGGUGAAGCGUAUGUGCGGAGAGCAGACGGAUAAGUACACCAUCGGCGCGUGCUCGGUGCGCUGGGCUUACAUCCUGGCCAUUAUGGGCAUCAUGGACGCCCUCAUCCUUUCCUUCCUCGCCUUCGUUCUGGGCAAUCGGCAGGACGGCCUCGUGGGAGAGGAGCUGCUGGGAGACAAGAGCGGACACGCAUAACCUGCCCAGCCAGAGGAGGUUCAUUUUGCCUUGUUAAGGAAAGUGCAUCCACUAGCAUUUGGGGAAACGGAGGGAAGAAGUGAAGGAUGAAGGAAAAGGAGUGAAGAAAUCCAGCUCAUCUUCCACUGUUCGACCCCUGACCCCCAGCAGCCCCCUGCAGAGCAUGUACAUACACCUCUCCGACCCUGCUGUGUUCAACAACGCCAUUGGUUGCCUAAGACGGCACAUUUGGACACUAUCCAAUCAGGAUAGAGGAAUACAGUUCAAUUAAGACUGAUAUAACCAUUUUUCCAUCUGUUGAUCUUCACUCUCACUCCUUCUCCCCCCCUUCUCUUACUCUCACAAAGACUACAACUGAACAAAUGUAUGCGUGUUAUGGAGUUUCUGAAUUUUACAAACAUAGCCGAAUCGUCGGGUCAAAGUCCAGUACAUCGUUAUCUUGAGCUGUAGGCUGCAGCCUGUACUCUGAGCUGCUCUCUGGACAGUCGGUUUAGCGUCUCCCCAUCAGUUGCCAUGACGACAGUCACCAAACGAGGGAUUUGGAGAUGACGUCGUGAUGUUACUCCGUCAUUGUACCGGGCCUCAGUGGGAUAUGACUCCAUGACAUCGCUGUCCUUUCAAAAGCAAAACAGAUGGUUCAAUGAUGCAAGAAGAGAGAGAGAGAGAGAGAGAGAGAGAGAGAGAGAGAGAGAGAAAAAAAAGUGUAGAUAGUUUAAUGAAAGUUACGUGUAGAAACCAGGCAGUUAUUUUAAGCUUCGUGAAACUGUGAAAUGAGCAAGCAGAGACGUACUGAAGUAGGAGAGUGUUAAAAUGUUUAUCCCGUACAGUAUGCGAUGCACGUGCGUUGGAGUUUUUUUUUGUCUGCAUGUCUCGACUCUGAUAUUUACUUCUAACUCUUGUUCUUUGGCAGUGUUAGUACAGUAGAAUUGUGUGUGUCAUACUUAUGAUGUGCUCAGUUGGUGCUGUAAUGUUAUCUUGGUAUUGUCACCAUGGUGAUGAGGUUAACCUGUGUACACCGGGCUGCACAGAAUAGCGAUGGUAGGCGAGUUCAUGCAGCAAGUCCACACACCUGCGCGUGCGCGCACACACAUGUCAAACUCCUUGCUCUGUGGAAGUGUAGUGGUUCAGUAUAAUGUUGUAAUUAUUAAAGUCACAUUGUUGAAAUGUCAGAGGGAGAGGUCUGAAAAUGCUGGGUGUCCGUCUUAUCUGAUGGUUCUGUAUGUAGGCAAAGGGGAGAAAGCCAUGUACAUAUUACACAGAAAUUGUAAAAAUGCAUUCUAGGGAUUCAAUAAGAAUCUAAGAUGUAAAUGAAUAAAAAACAAUUCCCUUAGCAGUCACAGAUGAAGUGUUAUUAACCAAUUCAUUUUUGUAUAUAGAGCAAAUUUAUGACCUGCAGAGGAAAGAGUAAAUCAGUCUUUGUAAAUAAAUCUAGCAGGCACUAAAAUUUGGAAAACCAGACUCGUGCCUAUGGGAUGCUCCCUACCGCCACCUUGGGGGCCGUUUUAACAUUGUCGGACAGUUUUAACAUUUACCUGUUCAUCAGAAGUCUGUACUGUGUGAUAUUUCCCAGUUUGAUUAAGUACAAAUAUUAAUCUAGUAAUUUAA